UUGUUAUUAUUUUUCUUCGAUCGACUACUGUUUGCUUCCGAACCGAUUUGCUUCUUUUUUUUUUCCUUCUGUUGCUGCUGCUGCUGUGGCCGCUGCUGUCGUUGUUUAUGAUUGAUGCAAAAAGUGCCCGUGCCUCACUUUGAAUAAGUCAGUAGAUGUUUUGAUCUUGAAUCGUAACCACAAAUUACCGCCUUUUCACAUCUUUCUUUUUGCCAGUCCCGAGGGCGACACACACUCAAUCUGUUUCGGGUUUUUUUUUCGUUCGUUUGUUCGUUAUUUUAUUUCUAUCGAUUGAUAUUUUAAUUUUCAUUUCGACCAAUCGAAUUUCUACAUUUCGAACACAUAGCAAUUGUGCCGCUGAAGAGUAGCCAUUAGAAAUUGUUCCAAUCGCAAAAGCGUUCAUUUUUCUCUGCCAUCUCUUUCUGUCUCUACGCAUACCUCUCUACAAAUAAAAUCGAAAUUUCUUGCAACUGACGUACAUUUUCCAAAGAAGUUGACACUUUUGUUUCGAGUUCAGUGCUGCACCUCAUCCGUUACAGUUGGGAUAAUUAAAUAAUAAUAAGAAGAAAAUGAUGCAAGAAAUCACUGAAAACAGCACCAACCGAGAACAAUAUCUGCGUGAAUUAACAAAAUCGUUCACUGGUUUGGAGAAGCCACUGAAAAAUGCCACAUCGCCAGCUACAUUGGACGAACUGAUCGCCGAGCUGCAUGAAGUCUUCCGAUCCGAUCGUGUAAAUAUCGAAUACGUAAACCAUUUGAUGCUCAGCUACCAAUCAAAUCCAGCCGAAUGGAAGAAAUUCGCCAAAUUCGACCGAUUCAAAUACACUCGAAAUCUAGUAGAUGCCGGCAAUGGAAAGUUUAAUUUGAUGAUUUUAUGCUGGGGCGAAGGACAUGGAUCGGCUAUCCAUGAUCACGCUGACUCGCACUGUUUCAUGAAAAUGUUAAAAGGUGAACUGCGUGAAAUUCGCUAUGCAUGGCCGAAGAACAACAGCAAUUGCAUCGAACACAAUGGUUCGGCCGACAUUACAAACCAAAAGGACGAAGAAGGCAACAAUGAAUACAAUAGCAGCAAACUACAAGAGUUGUCUCGUGCAAUUAUGGAAACCAACAGUGUCCACUAUAUAAAUGACACACUUGGAUUACAUCGUGUUGAAAAUCCCAGCCAUACGAAUGGUGCUGUUUCAUUGCAUUUGUACUGUCCACCAUACAAUUCAUGUUCGAUAUUUAAUGAAAAAACUGGAAAACAAUCGAAAUGCACCGUCGAAUUCUACAGUAAAUAUGGUCAACGGCGAUUCAAGGAUGCUAAAAUGGCUCCCGAAGACAAUUGAACGUGUUUCGAAAAACAGAAAAAUCUCUGAACAUCGCCAUCGAUCAACAAUUCUUAUAAGCAAACUUCAGUAGUUGCGAAUUUCGAAUGGAAAUCGUAUCAUUUCAAAACAGAAAAAAAACAUCUGUUGGUCAAACAACAUCAGUCGUUUGUAUCAUCAUCCAGUGAAUCAUUUUUAAUGUGUGUGUUUGAGUAUAAUCUCUUUGUGUAUGUCGCAUAUUUAAACAAGAAGAAAACAUAAAUAAAUGUUAUAUUUCAUUUUGAA